CUGGGGCACCAAGAAUUGUUGCAUCACAUUUCAACAUUUUUCGACAUGAAGUUGAGUUUGUUUUGUUCAGUAUUUUGCUAUUUUCUCUCAGAAAAUUCUCAUAAUUUAAUUAAAAUUUAAAAUAGAUCAGAUAUAUUGAACUCUACUCUAUACAGAAUGGUGGUCCGAAAGUACGAAGAUGAGCUGCAGUAUUUGGAGCAAGUUACUCCUUACUGUUGGAAAAUCAAGAAAGGAUUUCAACCAAACAUGAAGGUUGAAGGAGUAUUUUACGUUAACAAGAACCUGAAAAAACUAAUAUUUGAAGAACUGCAAAACUCAUGCGAGCCCGGAAAAGCCGGUGGAUUUUUACCGGGUGUUAAACAAGUAGCUAAUGUAGCCGCACUUCCUGGUAUUGUUGGAAAAUCCGUAGGCUUGCCUGAUAUACAUUCCGGGUAUGGAUUCGCGAUCGGUAAUAUGGGAGCUUUCGAUAUGGAUGAUCCUAAAGCAGUUGUAUCUCCAGGAGGAGUAGGAUUCGAUAUAAAUUGCGGUGUCAGAUUACUACGGACUAAUUUACGCAUCGAUGAUAUCCUUCCUGUCAAAGAACAACUCACUCAAAGUUUAUUCGAACAUAUUCCCGUUGGCGUCGGUACCAAAGGUACUAUUCCGAUGAAUCGCAAAGACUUGGAUGAAGUUCUAGAAACUGGUAUGGAUUGGUCUUUACGUAAAGGACAUAUUUGGGCCGAAGACAAAGAUCAUUGCGAAGAAAACGGUCGAAUGAUGAAUGCAGAUCCAUCGAAAGUCAGUUCGCGUGCUAAGCAACGAGGUCUACCACAAUUAGGAACUUUAGGAGCCGGCAAUCAUUACGCUGAAAUCCAAGUAGUCGAUGAAAUUUACGAUCAAAGUUCAGCUAGUAAAAUGGGCAUAGAAGAAAAGGGUCAAAUUUGCAUUAUGAUUCAUUCCGGUAGCAGAGGUUUCGGCCAUCAAGUAGCUACAGAUGCACUGUCUCAAAUGGAAAAGGCAAUGAAACGUGAUAAAAUUGAAGUCAACGAUAGACAACUCGCUUGCGCCUAUAUUAAUUCUGAAGAAGGGCAAAAUUAUCUCAAAGCUAUGUCUGCCGCAGCUAAUUUCGCUUGGGUUAAUCGUAGUUCAAUGACAUCUUUGUGUAGAGAGGUUUUUUCAAAGCAAUUCAAUAUGCAAGCUGAUGAUUUAGAUAUGCAUGUCAUCUACGAUGUAUCUCACAAUAUCGCUAAAGUUGAAGAACACAUGGUUGAUGGCAAACCAAAAACUUUACUAGUUCAUCGUAAAGGUUCAACUCGAGCAUUUCCUCCUAACCACCCCUCAAUUCCUGUCGAUUAUCAAGAAAUUGGACAACCAGUAUUGAUAGGUGGUACGAUGGGUACGUGUUCAUAUGUUUUAACUGGUACAGAAACCUCAAUGACUGAAACUUUUGGCUCUACGUGUCACGGAGCAGGUAGGGCAUUAUCUCGAGCCAAGUCGAGAAAUGCCUUGGAUUACAAAGAUGUUUUACAGAAAUUAGAAGAUUUAGGUAUUUCGAUACGUGUUGCUACGCCUAAAUUGGUUAUGGAAGAAGCUCCUGAAUCGUAUAAAAAUGUUACCGAUGUUGUAAACACAUGUCACGAGGCUGGUAUCAGUAAAAAAACCGUCAAACUUAAACCCAUCGCCGUAAUCAAAGGAUAAUUUCAUCUUGUUCCUCGCUUCCUAUUUUAUUAUCAUGAUUUUUUACUCCUAGAAAUGUAACUUUUUUUUACUAAAUAUUUUUAUCAUUAUUCUAAGAGUGUUCUACUUGAGUGAUAUUCCCACUGUGUGAAAUCAUGUAUGUAUGUAGAUUGGCCCACUUUAGUACCAGGGAGAGGAGAUUUUUUGUCAUUCGAUACUUGAGAUGGUACCUAAUAUACGUAUUUUGUUUUAA